ACACGUCAUCUUCCUCUUCCGCCGCUGCUCCGGCGCCCUGAAACACGAGUGCUGAUCUUUUCUCUUUUUUUUACGGGAGUCGCUGUGAAUAUACUGGAUCGACUGGUUACACCCAGCUGACGACCAUGAGACCCAUCCUGCUCCAGGGCCACGAGAGGUCCAUCACUCAAAUCAAGUACAACCGAGAAGGAGACCUGCUCUUCUCUGUAGCCAAAGACACGGUAACCAACGUGUGGUACUCUGUCAACGGAGAGAGGCUCGGCACCUACAAUGGACACACAGGAGCCGUGUGGUGUGUGGACUGUGACUGGGACACUAAAAACGUAUUGACGGGAUCCGCAGACAACAGCUGUCGACUGUGGGACUGUCAGACCGGUAAACAGCUGGCUCUGCUCGACACCAACUCCGCUGUCAGAACGUGCGGCUUCGACUUCAGCGGCAACAUCAUCAUGUUUUCCACAGACAAGCAGAUGGGUUACCAGUGCUUCCUGAACUUCUUCGACCUGAGGGAUCCACAGCAGAUCGAGGACAACCAGCCCUACCUGUCGCUACCAUGCAAUGACCACAAGAUAACCAGCGCUGUGUGGGGACCGCUGGGAGAGUUCGUCAUCGCUGGCCACGAGAACGGAGAGUUCAACCAGUUCAGCGCCAAGUCUGGAGAGAUCAUCAAGAAGGCCAAGGAUCACACCAAGCAGAUCAACGACAUCCAGACAUCCGUGGAUCUGACCAUGUUCAUCAGCGCCUCCAAGGACAACACGGCCAAGCUGUUUGACUCCGCCUCUCUGGAUCACAUCAAGACUUUCAAGACAGAGAGACCCGUCAACUCUGCUGCCAUCUCCCCCGAUAUGGAUCAUGUGGUGAUGGGAGGUGGACAGGAGGCCAUGGAGGUCACCACUACCUCCACCAGGAUCGGCAAGUUUGAGGCCAGGUUCUUCCAUGCUGCCUAUGAAGAAGAGUUUGGCAGAGUCAAGGGUCAUUUCGGCCCCAUCAACUGUGUGGCAUUCCACCCCGAUGGCAAGAGCUACAGCAGCGGAGGAGAAGACGGAUACACGAGGAUUCAUUACUUUGACUCACAGUACUUUGACUUUGAGCUGGAGGCGUAAACAGUCGGGCUCCUUCCCCACACAGCUUCAGUCCAGUCGGGAAGAAGCAACCAUCGACUGAAGUGCAUUUACAGUCUACUAACCACCUCGCCUCAUUCCCUUCAUCUGAACUGAUCUGUAAUCGGUGUACUUUUCACCCGUGGCUUCAAAUAAAGGUAAAGCGGUCAGGACUGCAUCUCGGAGAUGAGAGGGUUUCUGGUGUUUUUUUUGUCAUUUUUCUAACAUCACUCGGGAAACUGUCUUUGUGGGAUCAGAAGCAACUUUUGUACCCUGGAUCCUCGGAGCGAUCGUGACUGGACUUCAGAACCAACACUCCCUGACACCAAACUUUAUUUAAUCUCAUUCUACAAACAAGUAGAAUUUGAGUUGAUGUAUCUUCUGUUCUGCCAUUCCGUACCAAUUCACCAUAAAAUUACUGAAUUCAA